UUCCUCUGUCCUUCUUACUCUGUGGCUCGGACUCAUUGUCACACCACUCAUCUCUCUCAAACCUCCUCAUGGACUCGCUCAUGGUCAGUUCUGGGCAUAAAGUGUGUCCUAGUGAGGCUGGGGGUUCUGCACUUGUAUUUUUCUCUGAAGGCACCAAAUGAAGUCUCUUGGAAUGGAUGCAUGACUCAAAAGUAAAGUGGCAUCUUUUUAAGCACAAUGGAUAACGCCCACAGUCCAGAGGUCAGGUUCAGACUGGACGAGGGCCCUGAUCAUCCCACAACCCAGAGGGGACAAUGGUCAAGCAAAAUUGAGUUUCUUCUGGCUGUGGCGGGGCAAAUUAUCGGGCUGGGAAAUGUGUGGAGGUUUCCUUACCUGUGCUACAAAAAUGGAGGAGGUGUGUUCUUCAUCCCGUACGUACUUUUCCUCUUCUUCUGCGGCAUUCCCUUGUUUUUGCUGGAGACAUCCCUCGGCCAGUACACCAAGCAGGGAUGCAUCACCUGUUGGAGGAAAAUUUGUCCACUCUUUGAGGGGAUGGGUUAUGGCUGUCAGGUGGUUGUUUUAUACUCCAGUAUCUACUACAUAGUGAUACUAGCCUGGGCAUUCCUGUAUCUCUUCUCUUCCUUCAGCUCUGAACUUCCUUGGGCGACCUGCAGGAACAGCUGGAACACAGAAAAUUGUGUGGAGUUUGAUCAAAGACAGGAUUAUUUCAACCUAACGAUAGCUGAGAAUGCAACUUCACCAGUGAGAGAGUUUUGGGAGAGACGAGUUUUAAAUAUCACAGGCAGCAUCAAUGAGUUGGGCAGUGUUAGAUGGGAGUUGGCUCUCUGUCUGCUGUUGUCUUGGAUCAUCUGUUACUUCUGCGUGUGGAAAGGAGUGAAGUCUACUGGGAAGGUCGUUUACUUUACUGCUACUUUUCCUUAUGUGAUGCUCGCUGUGCUGCUCGUUCGUGGGCUCACAUUGCCAGGAGCCAUGGACGGGAUCAAGUUCUACCUUUACCCAGAUGCAUCCCGCCUCGCCGACCCGCAGGUAUGGAUGGAUGCCGGGACACAAAUAUUUUAUUCCUAUGCAAUUUGCAUUGGCUGUCUAGUUGCAUUGGGCAGCUAUAACAAGUACAACAAUAACUGCUACAAGGAUUGUGUAUAUUUGUGCCUUUUGAAUAGUGGAACCAGUUUCGUUGCUGGUUUUGCCAUUUUCUCUGCUCUUGGAUUCAUGGCCUAUGAGCAGAACACUGACAUAUCAAAAGUGGCAGAAUCAGGACCUGGUUUGGCAUUUAUUGCCUACCCUCGGGCAGUCGCCAUGAUGCCUUUUCCUCAACUUUGGGCCAUAUUCUUUUUUGUUAUGAUCAUUCUUCUGGGACUGGACAGUGAGUUUGUAGGUCUGGAAGCUCUCACAACGUCAAUAUCUGACCUGUAUCCUGCCUUCUUCCUUGUCGGCCAUCGACGUAAACUUCUGCUCCUGUUCGUCUGCGUCUUCAGCUUUUUCAUUGGUCUUGUUAUGGUGACAGAAGGAGGACUGUACGUCUUCCAGGUGUUUGACUACUACGCCUGCAGUGGGAUGACUUUGCUUCUGUUUGCCAUUCUGCAGUCCGUGUGUGUUGGAUGGGUGUAUGGUGCUGAACACUUUUACGACAACAUUGAGGACAUGAUCGGAUACCGGCCUUUUCCCUUCAUUAAGUACUGUUUGAAAUACGUCACUCCAGUGAUUUGCCUGGGCACUUUUGUUUUUUCCUUGGUCAAGUACACCCCUCUGAAGUUCAACAACACAAUAGAGUAUCCGUGGUGGGGUUACGCUCUGGGCUUGUGGUUCACUCUCUCCUCAACACUCAUGGUUCCCCUCUGGAUGCUGUACAAUCUGCUCAUCACUCCUGGCACCCUGCGGGAGAGAUUCUCUAUCUUGUGCACUCCAGCUGAAGACCUUCCUCUGACCAAAUCAGAAAAGGCUCUCGAACUUCUCAGCCCGCCGCCAUCUCAGAGCAACAUGGAUUGACGAGGUGAAUCUGUCCUCACAGAUUCCUACAUACCAUCAUUAAGGCGUAGAGUUAGACUCCAAAACAGCUUUGCAUUUUUAUUCAAACAAGGCUGUUCAUAGAAACUAAAAUGCAGAAAAAACCUUAUCAAUUUUCAAACAAUGUUUUUCUAUCUUUCUUUUAAUGUUAGGCUCUCAUAAGACAUCACUAUAAGAACCAAUGCACUUAAAAUGUGUUACUUUACACUUUGUUGAGCAUCUUGGAAUUUAAAAGACUGUUUAAAAUGUAGUUUGUUGUUAAAACAAAAAUAAGCACAAAAUGUUUUGUUCUUUGGAAAAUAAUUGCUAGAAAAAAUUGACAUUUUAUAAAUCCUGUUACAUUAAAUCAAACCAUAUUAACCCUCUUAUUAUGAUCCUGUCAGCACAGACAAGCUGUUGCAUGAGCUUGUUGUUGCAAUCAAAACAUACAGUAAUACUGAAUAGCUGACACAUUUUUCUACCGGCAUAAAAUCAAUAAAUUUAGGUGGUGCUUUGGUUGCUAAUUUUGAAUAGUUUUUAAUGUAACUGUACUUGAACUUGUAUAUUCCUUGAGAUUAUUUAUUUUUUCCAGAAAACAACAACACAAGGCACGGCUGCAAUUUAUGCAUAUCCCUGGCAGAUUUAUACCAAAAGUAUACUUUUGAAGGGGCAGAAUUAUGUAUUUUCCAGGCACAUAGAGGCAUUUAAUAGCACAAUCAAGUAAUUAUGUUACCUUCACUUGUUAAAAAUACUGUACAUACAUAAAACAUGACUUAAAAGAAAUUUGACUUUGCAAUUUAUUACCUUGAAAUUGGGUCUCUGUCUCUUUAAGAAGCUCCUUCACUUUCCAACACUCUGCCUUCAGUACCUCAUCAGAGCAGAACUCCUUUAUUGUCUUUUCAACAUUGUUUUUACCUGCGUUGAACAGAGAAACCUUAUCAAUUUCCAGACAAUUCUGGGUGAUCUGAGUGGGGGAGUCGUGUGGGAGGGGUUCUCUGUAAGGAAGAAGCUCGACUUGAAGACUGAAGCUCCAAGGAGGAACUUUGUGGAAGAGGCAGCGCUUGGUGAAAGUAAAAGUUUAGACACCACAAAUGGCUGCCACAGUAGAUUGAAGGAUUUCUCAAACAAAUACAAAAGAGUCAAAGCAACAAUAUCUGUUAAAGGCAUUAGACUCUUUAAUAUCUUAAAUAGGUAUUAAAGAGGCAAAGCAACAAUCCAGGCAUGUUUUUGAUGAGGAGAUAACAUAGCAUGAUUUAAACUUCAAAAAAGUCAAUUUUGCACAAUACUGCCCCCUUAAUUCUAACAAUAUAGACCAGGCUUUAAGUAAUUUUAAGAUUUUUGUCAAGCAAAAUUUUGUCUUGAAUGAUAGAGAACCCCUGGAGGAAACCAAAGAGGAGGGUGAUGCCAGGGAAGAAGACUUGGAGUUCAUCACCAGAGAUAAAUUGUCAAAAUAACAAUGGAAACAUGUAAAAAAAAAAAAAAAAAAAACGCUGCAUAGCAAUUAUUAUAAGGGAUAACUAUCUUAUUUCCUAACAGAAACAAUGUCUUUGUUAUUUAAAUCUGCCAGGGGUAUGAAUAAUUUUGGGUUUGAAUUGCCAUUCUGAUUUUUAGGUCAAGGUAAAAACUCCCUGCUCAAUUGUUGGGCAGUCUACAAACAAACUAGAAUAAAAUAAGAUUUAAAAUAACAGAAAAAAAGUUUGAAAAAAAAUCUUCCCAUCCAGGUGUCUAAGCUGUUUCCGUUUGACCAUAUGUUCCUUACCAAUAUUUAAAAUUAUAUUUCUUUGGUUUCUUUUCAUGGCAGUAUAAAAGGGAGAAACAUAAAUGUGAAAUUGUCUUUUGGUGAUCCAAUUUCUCACACCCAAAUGGCCUGACUGAUGCAGAAAGUCUGCACUUGUCAGGCUCCUUUGGUUACCAGCAUUUACACAAAGAGUUGUGUGUCUAGUCAACCUUUUUCAACCACACUGUGCCAACACAGAUUAACAUCCUUGUUUAUUUAACGCGAUGUGGAAUGUUGAAUGCUAAUAGGCAAAGAUCUCUGCAGACUUACUCAACAUGUCAGAGUUGAUGUGCUUUACUUUCACUUUAACCUGCUGUUUGUUUCAAAACUCAGAGAACUCCUGAAGUGUAGAAAACAUCUGUUGUAAAAAUAUAAUAGUUUUCAUUAUGUUUUUUACAUCCUGCACAAAGACAACACAACUAAUGUUUAAUUGCUGUAGCCUAGACUUUACUCAACGACUUUAAAAAUAACAAAUUUGUCGUCAUCUGUACAAAUGAAUUAUUCUAAUCAUUCUUAUGCUUUUACAAUCAUUAACUACAAACUAGUUAAAUAUGCUGUAACUUAAAGUUGUGUUUGCAAUCAACAAAAUGUAGAAGGUGUGUCCAUUUGCAAAUACAAUAUAUUUUUGAUGUCUAUUACUUGCCCCUUUUGUAGAACGUAUUCUGUGUUGAGCAGCAUGUUUAAUCCACAUAUGGACUUGUAAGUGAUUUUCAGUCUUUUUGCAACGAAGACAGCAAAGGACUAAACUGUUAAUGCCUCGUAAAUUGUCUCUGAGUCAAAUUCUGUGUUUACAAACAUAACUGACUGUGUCUUUUUUAAUAUUUCUAAGGCAAUCAGAGAUUUCUGAUCAGAGACAAAAGAAUCUAUUUUUUUAAAUAAAUGUAAUGUUGCAAAGUGGCCUUUAGGUUAGUCCUGCAGAAGUACAAUAAGAUGUAAAGUCAGUAACAGAUUUUUAAAGAGGAAUGUGGCAUUGAAGUACAUAAACAUAACAUUUUUUAGCAUGUAUAAUCAUGAACUACCUAGUAUUUGUUACUGAUGCUGCUUUUAAAGACGAUGUAAAGAAAGACCAACUGUGAUUUUGUCUCUCUGCCACUCUGAUCGCAGAGUGGAUGAGUUGUUAAUGUCAGUUUUGAGUUGAAUGUGAUGAUUGGUCAAAUCUGUUGAUUCUCACACUAUAAAUCACUGUUAGUAUAUGAAAUAUAUGUAUUUUUUGACAUAUUUUCCCCCCCAUAAUCUAACUUUUAGCUCUAGUCGUUGGAAAUUCUUGUUUGGAGGUUAUUGCUUAUGUUAUUUUUGUGUGAUUUUAUCAUGUAUCACUAAAAUUUGUGUCAGUAUUGUUGACUAAUGGUUUUAUGAUACUGAGAAAUGCAUCAAGAGCAAGCAUUGUGCAGAUGCUGUUGUGUGUAAUGUGUGUGAUUGGUUUCAUUGAAGCUGUUCAGGAUGUCUUCCUACGACCUCUCUGUUCCUACAAACUAACUGGUAACAACAAUUCAGAACCUCAGAUUAUGACAGAAAUUGUGGCAGCAUUAAAAAUAGAUAAUGAAUUAUUCAUGAACUGUUCAAACUAAUCUGUUACCAGUUUUGUUGAGCAAAGUUUGAUAUUUAAAAAUAUUAAUAAAGUCAUAAAUGACUGCUUAA